CGUAGCCUGGUCACGUCAUCAACAACAUGGCGGUUCCCAUGUGAGCCACACUCGUGUUAGCUAAUACAGUUAUUUUGCCAUUAAAAGAAGAAAAUAAGUUCUGAUUCCGAGCAGUGACGAGGUUUAGACUGUAAUACAAUCAUGUCGGUGCGACACAAUAACAAACUGCCUACAAAUUUACCGCAGUUACAAAACCUGAUCAAGCGGGACCCGAAAUGUUACACGGAGGAGUUCCUUCAGCAGCUCCGUCAUUACCAGUCCACGCUUCAGGUCUUCAAACACCAGCCAGACAAAUCAAACAAAGAUCUGGCUGAGUUGGUUAUGUUUCUGGCUCAGGUGGGACACUGCUAUCUGACAGAGCUGUCGAAUUUCCCUAAAGAACUGACCGAGCUGCUGUUAAAUCACCACACAGUGCUGGAGCCGGACCUGCGCAUGACGUUUUGCAAAGCCUUGAUCCUUUUACGGAACAAAGACCUGAUCGAGCCUACAAGUCUCCUCGAGCUGUUCUUCGAGCUUCUUCGCUGUCAUGACAAACUUCUGCGAAAGACUCUGUACACACACAUUGUGACCGACAUCAAGAAUAUUAACGCGAAGCACAAAAACAACAGGCUGAACACGACUUUGCAGAACUUCAUGUACACCAUGCUGAGGGACGCGAACCCCAUCGCUGCCAAGAUUUCCUUAGACGUGAUGGUGGAGCUGUACAAAAGAAAUAUCUGGAACGACGCCAAAACUGUGAACGUCAUCACCACAGCCUGUUUCUCCAAAGUCGCAAAGAUCCUGGUAGGUGCGUUGACGUUCUUCCUGGGGAGAGACGACGAGGAGAAAAAGGACAGCGAUUCAGAAUCAGAGGAUGAAGGAACUACAGCCAGAGGUUUGAUGGUGCGCUAUUCAACAGGAAAGAAAACGUCCAAAAACAAGAAGAAGCUGGAAAAAGCGAUGAAAGUCCUGAAGAAACACAAGAAGAAGAAAAAGGCCGAGGUCUUUAAUUUCUCGGCCAUCCACCUCAUCCACGAUCCACAGGAUUUUGCCGAGAAGCUCCUGAAGCAGCUGGAGAGUUCGAAAGAGCGUUUUGAGGUGAAGAUCAUGCUGAUGGAGCUCAUCUCCAGACUGGUGGGAAUUCAUGAGCUUUUCCUCUUCAACUUUUACCCGUUUGUCCAGCGAUUCCUCCAGCCUCAUCAGACAGAAGUGACGAAGAUCCUCCUGUGUGCCGCUCAGGCCUCCCACCAGCUCGUCCCUCCGGAGAUCAUUGAGCCGGUGAUCAUGACCAUCGCCAACAACUUUGUCACAGACAGGAAUUCAGGAGAGGUGAUGACGGUCGGGAUUAACGCGAUCAGGGAAAUCGUAGCGCGCUGUCCGCUCUCCAUGUCUGAAGACCUGCUCCAAGAUCUCGCCCAGUACAAAUCUCACAAAGACAAGAAUGUGGUGAUGUCUGCCAGAGGACUGAUUCAGCUCUUCAGAGAUCUCAAUCCUCAGAUGCUGCACAGGAAAGACCGGGGAAAACCCACCGAGUCCUCGGCUGAAGCCCGGAUCCACGAGUACGGUGAGCUGGAGGCUAAAGACUACAUACCUGGAGCUGAAGUUCUGGACGUGGAGACAGAAGAGCCCAAAGGAGGAGAUGAUGAUGAUGAAGAUGGCUGGGAGAGCAUGAGCAUGAGUGAGGAAGAGGAUGAUGAUGGUGAAUGGGUGAAUGUGCACCACUCUUCUGAUGAAGAUCAGGAAGAAGUGGCGGAGAAGCUCCAGAGUAUCCCUGUAGAAGAGAGGAAAGCUAAAGCAGCAGCAGUGAGCACCAGCCGCCUCCUCACACAGGACGACUUCAAAAAGAUCCGCCUCGCGCGGAUGGCCAGAGACAUGAACGCAGCACCCGGUAAAGGGCAGAAGAGAAAGAACGCAGACACAGAAGAGGAAACGGAGAGAGGUGAACUGCUCACACUGAGAGACAUCGAGCGUUUACACAAGAAACCUAAAUCUGACAAAGAGACCAGACUGGCCACAGCAAUGGCCGGCCGGACAGACAGGAAGGAGUUUGUGAAGAAGAGGAACAAGCUGAACCCGUACGCUAGCACCAGCAACAAGGAGAAGAGGAAGAAGAAGAACUUCAUGAUGAUGAAGCAGAGCCAGAACGUCCGGACCAAAGGCAAACGCUCCUUCAGAGAGAAACAGAUUGCGCUCAGAGAUGCACUUUUGAAGAAGAAGAAAUACAAGUAGCAUCUCAGAAUCUCUGUACAGAUCAUUGUCAUAUCUGACCUGUAAUAAAUCCAUUUUACGUUUAAACAUU